AUAUUUUGAUUGGCUGAUCGAUCUUAUUGUGCAUAGGAAAGCCGGGAAAGAGUGUCUUCAGCCGGACCACUUGUGCCCCAAAACCCCAAACAAAACCUCCCGACAGAAGACACGGGAUCCCCAGAGAUCUGGUUCGGAGCUCACCCAUCGUCCGGUAGAUGGCUCAGACAGGGACCAGAUCUGCAGCAGCGGCGUCGGGCGGCGGUGGGGAGGAGGUGUCCCUCAAAGAAAAGGGCAAUGAGUUCUUCAAAGCGGGGAACUACCUUAAAGCUGCCGCUCUCUACACUCAGGCGAUUAAGCAGGAUCCCAAUAACGCCACCCUUUACAGCAACCGCGCUGCGGCAUUCCUGCAUUUGGUCAAGCUCAGUAAAGCUCUCACUGAUGCUGAGACAGCAAUCACAUUGAACCCCCAGUGGGAGAAGGGCUACUUUAGGAAAGGAUGUGUAUUAGAGGCCAUGGAAAGAUAUGAUGAGGCGUUAGCUGCUUUCGAGAUGUCUUUGCAAUACAAUCCGCAAAGUUCUGAAGUAUCAAAGAAGAUCAAGAGGGUUGGGCAACUAGCAAGAGAAAAGAAGCGAGCCCAGGAAGUUGAGGAUUUGAGAUCCAAUGUGCAGAUGGCUAAGCACUUGGACCCAUUCAAAACUGAAUUGUUGGGAAAAUGUGGAGCUGAAGAAGGGUUUGAAGCCAUUGUGUCAUUUGUCGUUGAGACGAUGGAGACAGCUGUUAAGUCAUGGCAUGAGACUUCCAAAUUGGACCCUCGUGUCCAUUUCCUUCUAGAUUCAGAGAAGACGGAUACUGAAAAAUAUGCUCCUGCUGUAAAUAUUGACAAGGCAUUUGAAUCGCCCGAUAUGCACAGCAGUUGUUUUACAUUUCUUAGGCAGUAUGCUGAGGAUUCUUUCUCCAAAGCAGCUUGCCUAGUUACGCCAAAAAGCACCAUAUCCUACCCACAGGUAUGGAAGGGACAAGGAUCAAGAAAGUGGAAACACGGGCAACAUGAUGGCUUCUUUGUGCAAUUUGAGUCGCCUUUCCUCCGAAAACUAUGGUUCAUUCCAAGUUCAACUGAAAAAGGGAAAAGUCUCUGCAGAGAACCGGUAGUCCUUGACAUCGACAUCCAUGGGUUGCUCCCACGUCUCUUCAAAGAAUAGACAGUGACUUCAUAGCUGUAGUGAACUGCUUCAGACUAAUUACAUCAGAAUCUGGUUGUCAGAGUGAAAGAAUUAGAGAAGCUUGCUUCUGUUGGUGAUCUUCGGUCGAUCCAUUCAUUCUGCAUCUCCUUCAUGUUCAGGUAUUAUGGAGGAUUUUGCCAGGUCAAUUUCUGGUGCAAUAUUUUCUUGGGGUUUGCUUCAGUAUACCAUUGCUAGCUCUGAUAUGUUGGUUCAGUUUUGGCUUUCACCCAAAAAAAUGAAAUUCUUGUAGAGGCUUGAUAUUCUUUGCUUAGAUUUUAUGUUCGGUCAUAGAUGUUCUAUAUCUUAUCCGGCUCAGAGUAAUGUUUGGUGAUUAUAUGUCAUAUGUAUAUUAUCGGUUGGAUAUUUGAAUGCUCAGGUUCUGCUCAAAUUUUUUUCUUCACGUCCA